AUGGGAUGUACCCUGAGCGCCGAGGAGCGGGCCGCCCUGGAGCGCAGCAAGGCCAUCGAGAAAAACCUCAAGGAGGACGGCAUCAGCGCCGCCAAAGACGUGAAGCUGCUGCUGCUAGCAAAAGCUGGUGAAACAGUUUUGGGUCUCGUAAACCUGCUGCAAGUGGCAAUUCGCACCAGGGUCACGCCACGGCACCGCUGUGACCGGAUCAUUCAUGAAGAUGGCUUCUCUGGAGAAGAUGUGAAGCAGUACAAGCCAGUGGUCUACAGCAACACUAUUCAGUCUCUGGCAGCUAUCGUACGUGCCAUGGAUACCUUGGGCAUCGAAUACGGCGAUAAGGAGCGACGGGCUGAUGCCAAGAUGGUCUGUGACGUUGUAAGUCGGAUGGAGGACACAGAGCCCUUCUCUCCAGAGCUGCUGUCAGCUAUGAUGAGACUCUGGGCAGACUCUGGUAUCCAAGAAUGCUUCAACCGGUCCCGGGAAUAUCAGCUUAAUGACUCAGCCCAAUACUACCUAGACAGCUUAGAUCGAAUUGGAGCUGCAGACUACCAGCCCACGGAGCAGGAUAUCCUUCGGACCAGGGUCAAAACAACUGGCAUCGUAGAAACCCAUUUCACAUUCAAAAAUCUCCACUUCAGGCUCUUUGAUGUCGGAGGGCAGCGGUCAGAACGCAAGAAGUGGAUCCACUGCUUUGAGGACGUCACGGCGAUCAUUUUCUGCGUCGCAUUGAGCGGCUACGACCAGGUGCUCCAUGAAGACGAAACCACGAACCGCAUGCAUGAAUCACUGAAACUGUUUGACAGCAUCUGCAACAACAAAUGGUUCACAGAUACAUCCAUCAUCCUCUUUCUAAACAAGAAGGACAUAUUUGAGGAGAAAAUUAAGAAAUCACCACUGACUAUCUGCUUUCCUGAGUAUACAGGCCCAAACUCUUUCACGGAGGCAGUGGCUUACAUCCAGGCUCAGUACGAGAGCAAGAACAAGUCGCCCAACAAGGAGAUCUACACGCACAUCACCUGCGCCACCGACACCAACAACAUCCAGUUUGUCUUCGACGCCGUCACGGACGUCAUCAUUGCCAACAACCUGCGGGGCUGCGGACUCUACUGAGCCCCACUCGGCUCCUCUCCUCGCACACUCCAGGAACACCCUCCAGUCCCCGGACAGGUUCUCUCUUUCUCUUUUUUCCUCCUCAGAAGAUGAAGAAAGGCACAAACCCCCCUUUCUGCCCC